GUACCUUCGAUCACGGAGUGUGUGACUGGAUGUCGGACAGAGAAGGAGAUCUACACUGGGAGACUGUUCACAACCCUGCAGGUGGGCGUUACCUGUCCGUCCCGGAGCUGAAGGUGGGACAAAGGAGCAUCCGCGGCGCUCGAUUGGCCGUCCAGAUAGACCCGACCUGGAGCCACGGCGACCUGUGUUUCUCCUUCUCCCAUUGGCUGACGGGGCAUCAUGUGGGCGUGCUGCAGCUGUUCACCAGGAAAAGGGGACGAGACCAAAGGUAUAGCCCCGCCCUCUGGGCAGGACAGGUGGACACAGUUGGAGGCAAACACAGGUUACCUUGACGACGCAUUCUCUGGAAAGGGUGCUGUUAAAGGCCGAGCGGAGAAAAGGACGGCGAGGGCAUAUCGCUGUGGAUGAUGUCACACUGAGACGUGGGGCGUGUCGAUGACAUCACAGCAGACAGUUUUCACUUAAGACUGAACUGAACGUUUACAGACGACUCACUGUGCCUCCUGUAAACGCCACAUUCCUGUCAGCAGAUCGAUCAGCAGUUUUUACAUGAACGUCCUCGUUUGUCGAACUAAGAAGAAGAAGAAAGACGAGUUGAGAAAACAUUUGGUUAUUAUUUUUGUUUUUUUGUUUGUGUUCAAGCAGCAGGAGCUUUAAUUAAAAAGCUGACAGAAUAUAAAAUCUAUCCAAAAACUGCAGUGCAUCGUUUGGCCACUAAUAAGUCAAUAUACAGUCUUUGAUCCCA